AUGGCGCAGAAUGUGUGGGAGGCAGACAAGAUGUUGGAUUCCUACAUUUAUGAUUACCUGCUGAAGAGGAACCUGCAGAACACGGCGAAGGCGUUCCUAGCCGAAAGCAAUGUGCCUUCUGCUCCUGUUUCGAUCGAUGCACCGGGGGGGUUUCUCUUCGAAUGGUGGUCGGUUUUCUGGGACAUCUUCAUUGCAAGGACGAAUGAGAAGCAUUCUGAUUCUGCCGCUUCUUACCUUGAGUCGAUUAAAGCACAGGAGCAGCAGCAACAAUCGCAGCACCAGAUCCAGAUGCAGCAACUCUUGCUACAGAAACAUGCACAACAGCAUCCGCAAGAGCAGCAGCAGCAACGGCCGCAGCAGAAGCAACAGCAGCGCAGUGAAAACACUGAUUUUACAACUAGUGCCCAGAAUGGUACUGUUGCUGUUGAUCCUCCAGUGCGACAAAAUGUUACGGCUGCAAGUGCUUUAUCUGCAAAGAUAUAUGAGGAUAGGAUGAAAAUUACUGUUCAGAGGGAUCUUUCAGAAGAGGCUUUUAUGAAGCAAAGGCUCACUGAAAGCAUUGGCCCAUUACUGGAAUCAAACCCGACCUCAAUGCUAAAGUCACCUGCAAGAUCAUCUCUAGCUUCAGGGCAAAUCUUCCAUAGAUCAGCUGGUGGCGUGUCUGGUUCAUUACUGCAAGCUCAGGUCAGGAGCCAGCCACUUCUGGGAUCAACACAGGAUAUGAAGGCAGAAACAAAUGUAGCUUUGAACCUGAGAGCUGCAGGUGCAGAUGGAUCACUAUUUGGAGCAUCAGGCUCUAAUCAGGCGGGGAACAAUUUGACCUUGAAAGGGUGGCCUCUCACAGGUUUAGAACAUCUUCGAUCUGGGUUUCUCCAGCACAAAUCUUAUAUGCACCCAGCCCAACCAUUACAACACCAGCUCCAGUUUCUGACUCAGCAGCAGCAGCAGCAAAUUCUGCUUCAAGUUCAAGCACAACAAAAUGUCAUUUCACCUGGAGACAUGGAUAACAGGCGACUUCGGAUGCUUUUUAGCAGCCGAAACUUGGUUCCUGGGAGAGAUGGUCAGUCAAAUGCAUUCACUGAAAUUGUUCCCAGUGUUGGCCAGUCAUUGCAAAACAUGUGCUUAGCUACGCAGCGUGCUGAGACAGAUAUGCUGAUGAAGAAGAUAGCAGCUCUGCAGCAACAACAACAGAGUAACAAUCCGCAACAGCUCCUCCAACAUCCCUUACUGAGUCAGCAACAGGAAAGCUCAAAUUAUCUUGCAGGCGAGCAGGAAAAAAUGGGUGCUGGAAUUGUAACGGUGGCUUUUGCUGGAAAUGAACAGGUUUCUAAGAAUCAAAAUGGGCGAAAACGCAAACAUCCUAUUUCCUCGUCGGUCCCAGCCAAUAGCUCUGGUACUACAAAUACUGCUGGUGCUUCCCCCAGUUCAACACCCUCAACUCCUUCCGCACAUUCUCCAGGAGAGACCAUAUCAACGCCACUGCAGCACCAAAAUGCGAGCUCAUGUACAGCUUUAGUUGUUUACGGUUCUGAGGGCACGGUGCCAAUAGGAUCGCCGACCAACCAACUUGUUGAUAUGGAUCGCUAUGUGGAGGAUGGCUCCAUGGAAGAUAAUUUAGAACCAUACUUGUCACAUAAUGGCACAAAUCCAAGAGCUGCCGGCAGCCAUUGUAUCAGUUCUGGAAAAGGAUAUAUCCUUCGAGAGGUUUCUUCAGCCCAAGCAAGCACAAGCGGUGUUCUGUGUUGUCAUUUCUCAUCAGAUGGAAAAUUAAUUGCUACUGGAGGUCAUGAUAAGAAGGUUUUCCUGUGGAAUGCUGACAAUCUGAAACAAAAAUCAAUGCUAGAGGAGCAUUCUCUGCUCAUAACUGAUGUGCGCUUCAGCCCAAGCACUCCACGCCUUGCCACCUCUUCAUUUGACAAAACUGUGAGGGUUUGGGAUGCCGCUAACCAUGGUUGUUCAAUUCGUACAUUCACUGGGCACUCAGCAUCUGUUAUGUCACUUGAUUUCCACCCAAACAAGGAUGACCUCAUCAGUUCUUGUGAUGGGGACAAUGAGAUACGAUUCUGGAGCAUCAAGCAUGGAAAUGUUGUCCGAAUUUUCAAGGGAGGUUCGACCCAGCUGAGAUUCCAACCACGUUAUGGAGGAUAUCUUGCAACAGCUUCAGAUAAUGUAGUCUCUAUCCUGGAUGUGGAGACACAAACUUGCGUGAGGAGAUUUGAGAGCCACACUAAGGGUGUUGAUUCCAUGUGCUGGGAUCCCACUGGCGAAUAUGUGGUGUCUGUCAGUGAAGACACAGUGAAGGUGUGGUCUUUGAACGAUGAGAGCUUUGUGAAUGAGCUUAACUGCAGUGGGAGAAAGUUCACUUCAUGUACUUUCCAUCCUACUUAUCCAUCCUUGCUUAUCAUUGGCUGUUACCAGUCUCUGGAGCUGUGGGACAUGUCCGAGAACCGGAGCAUGACCAUUGCAGCGCACGACAGCCUCGUCUCAGCCUUGGCCUCGUCAAGCUCUGGCCUGGUUGCUUCCACAAGCCAUGACAAGUAUGUCAAGCUGUGGAGAUGA